AAUUUUAAGCUCCAUAGCUAAUCAUGGCAGCUGCGACAGCCUCAGCUGCUCCAUCGAACCGUACUGGCCGGCGAAACGGACAGGGACCCGGUGUAGACGACGAUAACCUAGUGUUCGAAACAAGUCCUGGCGUGGAGGCUAUCUCGUCAUUCGAUCAGAUGGGUAUCAAAGACGAUCUUCUCCGAGGGAUUUACCAGUACGGGUUCGAAAAGCCAUCGGCAAUACAGCAGAGAGCGGUUUUGCCUAUCAUCAAAGGUCGUGAUGUGAUUGCUCAGGCACAAUCUGGUACUGGGAAGACCUCCAUGAUUGCCCUCACGGUCUGCCAGAUGGUCGAUACCUCCACCAGAGAGGUCCAAGCUUUGAUCUUGUCACCAACCAGAGAACUUGCUUCACAGACUGAGAAAGUAAUAUUAGCAGUUGGUGAUUUCAUAAACAUACAAGCCCAUGCUUGUAUUGGCGGCAAAAGUGUAGGUGAAGAUAUAAGGAAACUUGAGUAUGGAGUCCAUGUAGUGUCUGGAACUCCAGGCAGAGUCUGUGACAUGAUCAAGAGAAGAACAUUGCGUACAAGGGCCAUCAAAUUAUUAAUCCUGGAUGAAUCUGAUGAGAUGUUGAGCAGAGGGUUUAAGGAUCAAAUUUAUGAUGUUUACAGAUAUCUUCCGCCAGAGCUUCAGGUUGUACUGAUUUCUGCGACCCUUCCUCAUGACAUAUUGGAAAUUACAAGCAAAUUUAUGACAGAUCCUGUUAGGAUCCUUGUGAAACGUGAUGAGUUGACUUUAGAGGGCAUCAAACAAUUCUUUGUUGCUGUUGAAAGAGAAGAGUGGAAGUUUGAUACUUUAUGCGAUCUUUAUGAUACACUUACCAUCACCCAGGCUGUCAUUUUCUGCAAUACAAAGCGCAAGGUGGAUUGGCUAACAGAGAAGAUGCGUAGCAAUAAUUUCACAGUCUCUUCAAUGCAUGGAGAUAUGCCUCAAAAGGAACGGGAUGCUAUAAUGGCAGAGUUCAGGUCGGGAACAACCCGUGUCCUCAUCACUACAGAUGUUUGGGCUCGGGGGCUCGAUGUUCAACAGGUGUCUUUGGUGAUCAAUUAUGACUUGCCCAACAACCGUGAGCUUUACAUUCACAGGAUAGGUCGAUCUGGCCGUUUUGGACGAAAGGGUGUUGCAAUAAACUUUGUCCGCAGUGAUGACAUAAGGAUUCUCAGGGAUAUAGAACAAUAUUACAGUACACAGAUUGAUGAGAUGCCAAUGAAUGUGGCUGAUCUGAUUUAAGGUCAAGCUGGAUGAUUUUUGUUUAGUGGGG